AUGCCUAACAAAGUUUUCAACGUGGCAGUCUUCUUUGUCGUCUUCAGAGAAUGUCUGGAAGCUGUCGUCAUUAUCUCGGUGCUGCUUUCCUUCUUGAAGCAGUCCAUUGGCGACAAAAACCCGAAGUUGCACAAGAAGCUGAAAACACAAGUCUGGAUCGGCUGUAUCGGCGGGUUUAUCAUAUGUCUCGCUAUUGGUUGUGGUUUCAUUGGCGCCUACUACUCUCUGCAGAAGGAUAUCUUCGGCUCAGCGGAGGAUCUGUGGGAAGGGAUCUUCUGUAUGAUAGCUACUUGCAUGAUUACCAUGAUGGGGAUCCCCAUGCUGAGAAUGAACAAGAUGCAGGGGAAGUGGAGAAUCAAAAUUGCAAAGUCGCUAGUGGAGGUGCCCAAGCGGAAGCGUGAUUUCUUCAGAAUUGGGUUUUUGACAAGACGUUACGCAAUGUUCAUCCUUCCCUUCAUCACAGUGCUGAGAGAAGGGCUGGAGGCAGUCGUCUUCGUUGCCGGUGCCGGUAUUACCACAAAGGGGUCCCACGCUUCCGCGUACCCACUACCAGUGGUGGUCGGAUUGAUCGCGGGGGGGCUCGUUGGGUUCCUGCUGUACUAUGGUGCCUCGCGUUCCUCGCUUCAGAUUUUCUUGGUCAUCUCCACCUCUAUCCUGUACUUGAUCAGUGCGGGGCUGUUCUCAAGAGGUGCUUGGUACUUCGAGAACUACAGGUUCAACAAGGCUAGUGGUGGUGACGCCUCAGAGGGUGGUGACGGUAAUGGUUCGUACAAUAUCAAAAAGGCCGUCUACCACGUCAACUGCUGUAACCCAGAGUUGGACAACGGUUGGGAUAUUUUUAAUGCCCUGCUGGGAUGGCAAAACACCGGGUACCUGUCUUCGAUGCUUUGUUACAACAUCUACUGGCUAGCGUUGAUCAUCGUUCUGGGGUUGAUGAUCUACGAGGAGAGACACAACCACUUGCCCUUCAUGAAGAACGUGCAGAUGAAGCACUUGAAUCCAGGUUACUGGAUCAAAAAUAAGAAGAAGAACGAAAUGACGGAGGAGGAACAGGAAAAGUUGUUCUCGAGAAUGGACGAUCUGAGAUUCGCAGAGGACGGGGUUAUAGAAGAAAGUGGCACCAUUCAAGGCGAUGCGACCGAGUCUUCCGGACCAGACAAGAAGAACGCAGAAGUGUCGGGCAAAGUGGUCGAGUUAGCAACAACGAACACCCAGGAGAAAAGCAACGACUCACAAAACUCUUCCUCCUCUCAGGGACGCACCCAAUACUGGCACUAA